GACGUCGUGGCGUGCGUCUGUAACCGAGCUGCUUCGGGGCUGGAUCUGGCGGAUUGCUUGAGAUCGGGGUCACUGGUGUGCGUUGUGCUAUGUCGAUCGGGUGUCCACUCUAAGUACGGCAUCAACAUGGGCGACUGAGCAAAGGCUUUGGCGUCCAGGUUGCUAGAGAGAGACAAACCGGCCCAGGCUGGAAACAGAGCAGGCAAAAGUCUCCGUGGCGUACGGUAGAGGGAUCGCACCCGUGAAUAGUCGGCACAUAUCAGCCCGUUCAAUACAGCAGAACACAGUUCCUUUCUCGCUUUUAUUUUUCUCCUUACUUCAUUGCCCUAGUUAUCUUAUUUAGUUAGUAUACGGUAUCUACAAUUUGAUGUUUAGUAUGACACUACCUACGCGUGCGCGAGCUUGCAUUUGCAUUUGUUUUGCUGUGUCGCUUUGUUUCUGUAUACUAUGAGUGAGCAGCUGAAAUUUAUAGUCGAAAAAUUGAAUGCAGAGCCGUUUAGAAGAAGUUUCAACUUGAUAAGCUUCGAUGCUUUGGAGCCUUUAAGUCUCUUGCAAAUACUAAAUGAUGUGUUUGCAGAAAUCAAUCCUCAGCAUAAAGUUGAUCUGAGAGAGGAGCCACCUGAGCAAACUGUAGUCCGAAUGUUGUCAUUUCUUCGAGUCCUCAAAUAUCGACCCAAAACAGAGACAGAAACAAUGGCCACAUUUCGAAACAGUCUGAUUGAGGGCAAGAAGCACAUUAUCUACCCCAUACUUGAGUGGCUACUAACACGUCUUCAGGAGUUGAAGAAGCGAGCUUAUCUUGCUAAGUUUCUAGUGAAAGUGGAAAUUCCAGCAGAACACUUGCAAGACGACCAAUUAGCAGACAUGUACCAAACAUAUGAAGAUCUUAUGGAGCAAUUCAAAGAGAGUCAUAAAACAGUGGAUCAGUUUCGCACAUCUGGUUUCUCUACAGUUGAAAUACGAAGAGAUAUCACCAACAUGGAAGACGAGCGAGAGCAACUACAGAAACGAGUGGAGAGACUAAAGAGAAGGGCUACAAAUGUGCAGGACAACGAGCAAAUGUUGUCGGCAUGCCGUGAUCUCAGAGCAGAGAAAGAACGUGAAAUGCGUUUGGUGGACAUGAAGAGGGAACUGAAAAAUCAAUUGCUUCAUGCUGACCAACAUCUGUUUCGCACAAAUCAACAGUUGAGAGAUCUCAAGGCAUCUUUAGCAGGAGCAUCAGCAAAGAGUUUACUACUGCAGAUGAAAGAAGAGAAUAAAGUCAACUCAUACAUGUGCAAUGACAAGUUGCCAAAAGAGAUUGCUGGAUGUCGUAAGAAAUGUGUGGACAUGGAGCAAGUUCUGUCUAUGCCAGCUAUCUCAGAAUCAGAUUUAGACGAACUGCAAGAAGAAAUAGAUCAAGUCCAUAGUGAUAUCAAUGCACUGGUGGAGAAAAAAGCAUUACACAGUAAUCCAGCAGAUGACAAGCUGGCUGUCUUCAGACAACAGGCUUCUAUUAUUCAACGUAAAAAAGAGGCUGCAACUGAGGCUCUGAAGGAAGCAAUGGAUGAGUUGGCACAACUAGACAAUGAAUUGAAACAGAAGCGAGAUGCUGUUAAGACGGCAAGUGCAUCCACUUUGAAAGGAGAUGAGCUUCAGAAGUAUUUAGCAAGUCUGAGAGCAAAAAGCCAAGAAUACAAGAAAAAGAAAGCAGAAAUUGCUGAUAUACGUACGGAGUCUGGAAUCCUAGAAAAAACUGAGACAGUAUUGAAGAGUCGCUGUCGUGCUGUGCAAGACUCUCUUGCCGACAUGGAGGAGAAAGAAGGUGUUGCUGGCUACAGGGAGACACAAGAAGAGUUAGAGAAGGUUUCAGCUCUCAAGAGUGAGUUAGAUGAGAAAAAGGGACAAUCUUUGGAUGGAAUGUCGAGCAUGGCUGAUCAACUCCAUAAGACUAUCUUAGAGAAGAAAGCAAAUUUGGGGCCAAUGAUAAGAGAUGUUCGUCCUCUUAGAGUUCAAUUUCAAGAGCUAAGUGCAAAUCACAAAGAUAAAAAGUCAACAUACGACAUGACGUCUGCUGGGCUGGAAAGCAAUUUAUCACGGCUGGAUCAUGAGGUGCGUGUUCUACGUGAAGAGAUACGACAAGAUGAGAGUCGAUAUCAUCAGCUGCACACAGCUAGACAGUUAGCUGUUGUGAAGCAGCAGCUCGUGAUGGCUGAAUUAAAGAGUUAUGUCCCUGGAACUGAUGCUGAGAAGAAGCAAUCGUUCAGGGAUAUGUGCACCAAGAAAAUCAUGGAACAAGAACAUGCAGGAAAGAGUUUACGAGCAAAACAAAAAGUGGUGAGAGAUGCACAUGCUCAAAAUAUGAAGCAGAUGAACAUGUGGAAGGAUGUGACUAAACUCAUGCAGUGCAAGAAACAGUGUUUCGUAAAGCAACAAGAACAAAACAGACGAGAUGCUCUGGUUGAGAAAGAGCUGAUGCAACAGGAGGACAGACUCGUUCUAUGAAUGGUAUACGCUACAUACACA